AUGGAGUCGAUCGAGACGCAGCUUCUCAACAAAUACAACAUACCCACUCUCUUCCCUGCGCAAUGGCCUGAAGAGAAAGACAACAGCUCCGAUUCCGAGGACGAUGGGCCGGCACCGCAGCGCCCGCAGACGCUGCAGCCCCCCGGCCGCCGCAAGAGCCGGUUCAGCGUGCUAGAGCCCAGCGGCAGCUUUACGCGGAAGAGGGACGGCGUGGAGAAGACGAAGGAGGGCGUCGAGAACCUGGUGCAGAAGGAUGAGCAAGAUCCGCUGGGGACGUAUCCGAGCGUGGUGCAGGUGCUGCGGCAGCGGGGUCUGGCGGUCGAGGACGAUGUCAAGCUGAGGAAUCGGUUCCUCCUCAGCUCGACGACGUUCUCGCCCUCGUUGUUCCUCUCCAACGUGCACAGCUCUGCAUCGACCGACUCGCUGCUCUCCGGUCUUGACUUCCUCUCCCGCAGCAUUGAGAAGAAAUCCGCGUCUCUCAAAGUCCUCGUGGAAGCAAACUUCGAGCGCUUCGUCGGUGCAAAGGCGACCAUUGACCGUGUCUACAGCGAGAUGCGCGCGGACGGACAAGAAGCGCCCGAACCGCCACCAAGCCCGAGCCGGCGGCCGGGACACUCGCGAGGCCCGAGUCGGAGCAGCUUCUCGGCACGGCCGCGGGGAGCCAGCGCGACUUUGACACCGCAGACAGUUGCGCAGAUUAACGGAGAAAAGAAGAAGAAUGCGCUGGUCAAGGAGAGUGAAUACGGCGUGCACGGCAUCAAGGUGCCGCUCACCGAGGUGGCAGUCAAGGCCGAGGAAGUGUGGGGCCCUGCCUUGGGCGGCAGGGACAAGGAAGAAACGCUGAAAGAGAUUCUCUUGUCUGUGGAGAAGAACCGUGGCUUGUUUGAAGUGGGGUCUGCGAUACAGGACGCAAUUCGGCGGAAGGACCACGAGACGAUAGUAGAAGAAUACACCCGAGCACGGAAAUUUGCGGAAGACACGCGCUACAUUGUGGAGCAAGCCAACUAUUCGAAGACCCCGCUUGCCGACUCCCAAAUCCACCAGAUUAUCGUCACGGCGAGAAUGUGGGCCGAUGUGGAGCAUCAGAUUGAGACAUUCAAACGAGACUCGUGGAAGCGGCUGACCUCCACGCACUUCUCGAGGCAUGAGACUGGCCUUGAUCAGGCAAAAGAGCAGUACAUGGAGCUCAUUUCCAUCAUGCUGGAGCUGGGCGUCGAGGAUAACCCUAUCUGGGUGUGGUUGCUCUCGCGAUACGAGCAUCUGAGGAAGCGAAUCCUUGAAAGCUGCGACCGUGCAAGGAUGGAGAUCGAAUAUCUGCGGCGGCUACUGGGCAACCAGCCGAAGCCGGGGCUGAAGACUUUGCUGAAGCACCUGAGGGCCGUCCCGACCAACAGCAAAAUCACCGCCGAGCCUGCGAAACUGGAUACGUCCAAGACGAUCGAGUUCUGGGAGUAUAUGCACACCUCGAUGACCUCGCUUCUCGCCGCUAACGGUGGCAUAUUGGGCGAGAUCGUGGAGUACUGGGACAUAGCCCAGUCUUUCAUCGAUGGCAAGGCGCAGAAGUCGCUGCCUAUGGGUUUCAAUAACCAGUCAUCUGUGCAUCACAAGCUCUCCCCCGGCAAUGUGACUGAGCUGGAAAAUGGUAUCACAGAGCUGGUGAACAUUAUCAGAGAACAUCUCUUCUCGUUUUUUGCAGAACCGCCAAUCGAGGAUAUCACCUCGCUCUACUCGCCGCUACCGACGAGCCCUACUCCUACUACACCAAGAACGCCAAUGAGUGCGGCACUUAGCCCGACGAUGGGCUCCAAGUUCCGCUUCGAUCCGAACAGUGCCCCGCCUCCUUCGCCGAAAAGGGGCGACGCCUGGGAGAAGUAUGCGUUCUGGCCACCGCACUCGAAUGCGUUGUCGGGGUCUCACUACCUGGCCAAGUCGCUGCUGUUGAUCGGCACGGCAGCAAACGAACUCGCUUCCUUGCGUCUAAACGAGACAGGGUCAACUGUUCGUCUUGAUGAAGCCCUUCGCGCCCUCGUUGGGGGUGUGCGUGAGCGCUGCGUGCAGGCUGUGUGUGCAGCAUGGAAUACAGAUGCCGAGAGUCUGAAAGUGCUUGAAGACUGGACGAGAGAUGCUGAUCGCAAAGAUAUUACCACGAUGCCUACUCGCUUCUUGGCUGUGCAGAGCUUCCUGCUCAACAACCUGCAGAAAAUCAUGUACGUGGAGGCGUCGAGUAAAACGGCAGUAGAUGUCCUAGUCCCACCGAGCAGUAAGCUACUGCAGAUGGUUAGGAGCCAGUUCGUGACGAGCUUGUACAGAACAUUGAGCGGGAUGGUUGAGUGUGCGGAGAAGGGGCGAGCAGCACUGGGCAAGGAUUUCGAGAUCAAGAAUGACGAUCUGACCGUAGAUGACGAUGAGGCUCAUAACGCAGGAUGGGGCAAAGUCGAUGCCAGCAAGAGGUCCAUCCGCCUCCUGCUCACCCUCUCCAACAUGACCUCCUUCCAAACCGAAAUCACCCCGCAACUGAUCACCCUCUUCCAAAAUCUCUUCUCCGUCUCCCUAACCGAGGAGUCCAAGAAAAUCGACGGCGUCCUCUCCCAGCUCGACGCCCAGCUCUUCAAAUCCUACAACCAGCCCCACGCCGCCCGCAUUGCCGGCACCAUCGAACAAGGAAUCUUUUCGCCCAGCUGGGCGCCGCCCUCUGACCCCGGAAAAUCCGUCGCAGACCGCCAGCCCUCGCCUUACGUCUUCGCCAUCCUCCUCGGCCUCGUCCUCGUCCACACAGAAGUUAGCACCACCUCGCCGCCACUUACCGCACGCAUUCUACGCGCGCUAUUCGAGGCCACAACCACGGCGCUCAUCAAGACGUUCAACGAUCCGCGUCUCUCCAAUAUCAACCUACAAGCGUUGAUGCAGGCGACGCUGGACGUGGAGUUCAUGGCGCAGACGCUAGCGAGCUACACCACCGAGGCGGCGAGCGCGACCCAGACGGAGAUAUACCAGGUGCUGGAUGGGAAGACGGAUAACGAGGCGCGGGUGAGGCUGCAGGGUGAGCUAGGGAAUUUGAGGGGCACGCUGAAGAGUCUAAGGGAGGGGACAAGGGUGGAGUUUAGCUGUUUUAGGAGGGAGAAGAGGGCGCCGAGGGGGUGA